GCUCGCUCCUCAUCCCCUGUUCGGCCCUACCACAUGACGAUAAAUACGUCCCGCGGUACAAGUACAGCAUCGUUGUUUACCCCUUUCACAUCCCCUUCCCACAUCCAUCAUUACCGCUGCUCUUGCUCGCCUUAAGGUACGCACUGAUCUACCGUUAAAGCAGCCCAAAGAAAUAGCCCGGACAACAUGCCUUUCACCGCUUCGGACAUCUGCAAGAUCAUCUUCGCCGUCAUCCUCCCGCCGCUGGGUGUCUUCCUCGAGCGUGGAUGCGCCGCUGACUUCUGGAUUAACAUCCUGCUUACUAUCCUUGGUUACAUUCCAGGUAUCAUCCACGCUCUCUACAUCAUUCUUAAGUAUUGAGCAAGCUCGAGUGCUUAGAUCAGCUCCGGCUCCAGCAAGAGCCCGAGAUGAGAGACGUGCAUACGGCAUUGUGAGGGGCAGGGCGCUGUAGACGACUCGGUGGCCUUGCGGGAGGGCCCGAAUCUGCUCUCUUGGACCUGCUCCAGGCUUGGUUGGCAUGGAUUCUUUCCCUAAGCCAACUCUUUUCUAGUGUUCUGCAACCGAUUACACGCCCCCUGUCUUCUGAACUACACAUGCACCCGGCAAUGAACCUAUACCUUCUCCAGCAGCCCCCCACUCCCGCAGGGUAUGCUCACCCGUGACACGGCUGCUACAGCUGCAAGAUAAGCUAGCUACCCAUGCGUUUUCGUGCAGCUGAGAAUGUGCCGUCUGCACAAUGUGGUAAAGGCAAACAGGCGUCUUCGCGUUGCGCUCAGAUUACAUCCACUGCGAGCGAUCGAAAUUGGGAUCUUGUAGGAAUGCGCACAAGACUUUGCUC